CAGCAAGUGUAGUUCAUUCUUCGUUACUACUGGGAACAAUACUUCUCCGUCCGCAGGUGAGCGGAUUUCUUCAGGUUACUAGUAAACUCAAACUACCACCGCCACAAAGCGUGCGUCACACUAAACACUCGUGCAAUGCACAAGUGCAGGCCACUGUAAAAGAAGGAAUGGUUGCCUUCCUUAUGUGUCGUGGGAUGUUUGAAGGCUGGAGCUGAUUAAACACCAUCACUGGCGGGCGCUUGGGACCCUAUGCAUCAAGGGGCAAUACUAGUUGCUAUACCAGUGUUCACGGGCACGCUAACUAAGCUCAGAUGCACUCGACGCUUACGAAUGAAGCUCAGCCUUUAAAAAGAGUUUCAAGGUUGACGGCAGCACUUCCAACCCCACGUCUCAAUACUCCACGAUGCUGCCACUUGUCCUGUAUGACAUCCUCUCUGAGCUACCAGGCAAUAACUUUUCACCCAACCCCGCAAAGCCGAGAUUCGUUUUGAGCUACAAGGAUCUUCCAUUCGUGACCCUCUGGGUCGAAUACUCAGACAUCUCCAUCGCUAUGAAGUCCAUCGGUGCAAAGCCAAGCAAACGCCGAGACGGCUCGGAUGUCUAUACUGCGCCCGUCCUCAGCGACCCCAACACCGGUGCUCUCAUCAGUGACUCCCUCGAAAUCGCCUCCUAUCUCGAAAAGACAUACCCCGAAAAGCCCAUCUUCCCCAAUAACUCAGAACCCCUGAUACGCGCGUUCGACUCGGCCCACUUCGGCCUCAUUCGACCUGCUCUGAAGACUUUGUUUGCACGAACUGCAGAAAUAUUGAGUCCCGCCAGUGCCAAGUUCUUCAUUGGAGUUCGUUCGAUGGACAUUCCGCUGCCUUGGGAUGGGAAGUACGAUGAAGACUGGGACCUACUAGAGAAGGGGUACAAUACUUUGUACGAAUUGUACCAGAAGACUGACGGGAAGUGGAUCAUGGGUGACACUUUUUCGUAUGAAGACAUCGUUAUUGCUUGUUGUUUGUUGUGGUUCAAGCGAAUUCUGAAGGAGGAUGAGUGGGUCAGGAUCAGUUCUUGGAAUGGAGGGAAAUGGGCCCAAGUCCUUGCAGAUGUUGAGAAGGAGUGUAAAUUGGCGUAGAAGACUGCGUACAAUAUAGCAUUUGUUUUAGAGACAGUUGAAACAAAGACAAAUUCUUUGAACAGGUCAACCCGAGGCACCAUCGUAGUCACAAAGUGUGUACCACACGACAAUGGCGAUGCCUGGCUUAGGUCAACGUCGUGUGGGCCCAAGCCCCCUCUAGGCUGAGCCUAAGCUGGCCCA